AUGCAACGGGUAAUAAAAAACAUGGAGGAGCUUUUGGAAGCGAUUCGCAAUCCAUUCUUCAUUGUCUAUGUGUCGGUGUUGUUGUCAUUUUGCGUGGUCAGCGGAAGUCAACUAGGCGACAAGGUCGAAUUGGAAUUUCAAGCAUUUCGUCUUCAACAGUACGAGCUCAACGGCAACGUCAUAGGAAGUAAACAUUUCCGAGUACAGUAUGAAGCAGUGUCGCUGAAUGCGAAAGCGCUGAGGAAGUUUGUAGAUUUCCUUAUUCACUCCUCUAUCUGCAUACUUCCCGUUUAUGCUUUGCAUUGCAGAUGUGUAGUGGCAUCAUGGCGCGAUUUAACUGGUCGGCAUCUCGACGAAUUAAUGGAAACCACUGUCGGAGCACUGCUGAUCAUAAUCCCGUCAGAUUUGGAUGCUCUUUCACCGGCCGAUAGAACGCUGUUCAUGGAACUUGAACAGAAACUUGCAACAGCACGCACUGAUCUCGCUGUGUACGUUUCGCAUUCAUCUCCGGAGGCCAAUACUAUCCUCAGCGAUGUUCAGUCGGCCUCCGCUGUCAGUAAGUCAGCCACUCAACAGUUGAUCAGUUCGAUCGCGGCGAACACUUUCCAGUUCACUUCGACCGGAUCGCCAUCCACGACUCCAUUAACUUACAAGCCUAACAAUAUCAUCGGCCGUCUGAGCAGCAGUGAACGUUCCGCUCCAACAAUUGCUUUUGUUGCUCACUACGAUUCUCAUGCAGCAUUUCCCGGUGCAGCUGUCGGAGCUGAUUCAAAUGGCAGUGGAGUAGUGGUUUUACUCGAGCUGCUUGCCAUUUUUCGAAAGCUCUAUGAGAAGCCAUCAACGAGACCUCCUUUCAAUUUAGUGUUUGUGUGGACUGCAGCAGGAAAAUACAAUUAUCAGGGCGCAAGGCAAUUCAUCGAAGAUUUCCAGAGUGAUAAUUCUGGUGAGCUGUUACUGUUCUCCUCAUUUCGACUUUGUUAUAUUAGUAUUGAAAUCGGUCAUGAUGUUUGUAAUCACCAAAACUGGAAUUCUCUAGAUGAUAACCGGCUUGAGCUCGCAAUUUGUGUUGAAGCAGUUGGAGGUGCAGGACCAUUGUGGAUGCAUGCAUCGAAGCAGCCUGCUGAUGGAUCUGCUGCAGAUCGCCUUCUUCGACGUCUUCGUCUGGCCGCGCCCAACCAAAGCGUGGAACUAGUCACAAAGAAGAUUAGCAUCAAUCAGCCGUCUGCAUGGGAGCACGAGAAAUUCAACAUCAAACGUCUUCCAGCGGUCACACUGUCUCGCUUACCCAGCCACGAUAACCCUAUCAGAAAAUCGAUGUUGGAUACGACAAGCCGUUUGAGCUUGGAUGCAUUAGAGAAGAACAUUCGUACCAUUGCCGAAGCUGUACUUGGCCAUAUGCUUUCAUUGCCGGAAGGUGGUUACUCUACUGAUCCUCGCGUGUCUGCCGAUACUUCUGUAUUGUCACGAGAUGCUGUUGAUCGGCAACGAUUAGCUCACGCAAUGCGACUUUUCGCCUCACGACCGCGACCAGUUGCAGAUGAAGCGGCUACGGUCGCCUGUGCUGCCAAUUUAGCAGUUGCUGUGGGAAAUUAUGCAAAGGUCACAGUAUCACCUGUUUCAAUGCAUGAAGUACAAAUAUGGCCAGGGAUUUCCGACCGCCUAUUGGCAGAACGAGUGAAACCAGCUGUUUUUGAUUUGAUUAUAGCGUGCGGUGUUUUCGGAUACUUAGCAUUAUUUUACUAUGUGACCAGCAGGGCGCAACGGGCUCUCGAAGGUGCUAUGUUCAGAUUAAGAAAACGUGUAUAA